AACUAUCCUCCGAAUACCGUAUCGACGUGGACGCCAAAAGCCCGUCCAUGUCAGGAGGCUCGGCACUGAUCGCCGGCCACCCGGCCCGCGUGGAGCCGUUCCAAAUGACGACGACGACGAUGAGAAAGAAAUAGAAGAAACGCUUUAGUUUGACGUUUUCUGUUUGGGCGCCUCCCUGAUGUCUCCUCUAGUCUUGAACACCCCGCGUUCUUCGACCUCUAUCCAUCUCGCUCCCCACACGUACGAGGCGAAUUAAACUCAAUUCUACUUGCAAGCCGUCUCCCCAAACCCAACAAUGGGAGAACAGUAUGCCAGAGACGCCCCCCUCUGCUCCGAUCCUCAUACCGAUCCUAUGGAACGUCUCCAAGAAUCAGCAGCGCACGAUCAUCCGCCCGCGACUGCCCUCCCCGCUGCGGGAGAUGACGUGGUCGAAGGAGAGAAGAGUGCGUACCAGAAAGAGGAGCGGCUCCUCUGUCCGCUGUCGCACCUGCCGCAGCCGGAGGCGCCUCCGGGGCUCACGAACGUGCGAUCCACCGGGCCGGACGACGAGCGCCGCCCCAUCGACCGCUCCGUUUCCCUAAAGUCUCCCGCCGCCACCAUCGACGUCUCCACGAUCGGGAAGUAUCUCCGCGACCGUGGUAGUGUCUUCUCUGCUGCCAUCGCGAAGCGGAUCUCCACCCUGAAGGAGCCACCAUACGACGGCGGCAAGUGCGAUCCUUCCGGGUCGAUCACCGAGUUCCACGUCUCCGGGCUCAAGGUAAUCGUGCUGCACAAGGGCGAGAACGUACUGGAGGAGGCCGAGACGGACUUCCGCGAGAUCAAGGGCCGGGUCAGCUUCUUCUCCCGCUCUGGCUGCCGAGACUGCGGCGCCGUCCGGUCCUUCUUCAGGGACCGGGGCAUCCCGUACGUGGAGAUCAACGUGGACGUGUUCCAGGAGCGGGACAAGGAACUGGUAGAGCGGACGGGGAGCCCCGCCGUGCCUGCGAUCUUCUUCAACGAGAAGCUGUUAGGGGGAUUGGUGGCGCUCAACUCGCUGCGGAACUGCGGGGAGUUCGAGCGGCGCCUGCGAGAGAUGGCCGGGGGACGGUGCCCGGAGGCGGCGCCGCCGGUGCCCGCAUACGGGUUCGACGACGAAGAGGAACUGCGGCGUGAGCGGCCGGACGCGAUGGUGGCGAUAGUGCGGGUGUUGCGACAACGCCUUCCGAUCCAAGACCGGAUCAUCAGGAUGAAGCUCGCCAAGAACUGCUUCUCCGGCGGCGACAUGGUGGAGGUGAUCAUCAGCCACCUCGACUGCGGCCGCAAGAAGGCCGUCGAGAUUGGUAGAGAGCUCGCCAGAAAGCACUUCAUCCAUCAUGUAUUCCGGGAGAAUGGCUUUGAGGAUGGAAAUAACCAUUUCUACCGUUUCCUGGAGCAUGAACCAGCAAUUCCUAGAUGUUUCAACUUUAGAGGAUCGACAAACGACAAUGAGCCCAAGCCAGCUGCCACAGUCAGCCAGAGGCUAACUAAGUUAAUGGUUGCCAUACUUGAAGCCUAUGCAUCAGAUGAUCGAUGCCAUCUCGACUAUGGCCGUAUCGGUGCCAGCGAGGAGUUCCGAAGAUAUGUUAACCUGGUCAAAGAUCUGCAACGGGUCGACAUUUUUAGCCUGUCAGCUGAUGAGAAGUUGGCCUUCUUCCUGAACUUGUAUAAUGCAAUGGUCAUUCAUGCCGUCAUAAGGAUCGGCCGACCAGGGGAAAUCGACCGAAAGGUUUUCUACUGCGACUUCCAGUAUGUCGUUGGAGGCUAUCCUUAUUCGCUUUCCUCCAUCAAGAACGGCAUUCUACGUUCCAAUAGAAGGCAGCCUUACUCUUUAGGGAAGCCAUUCAGUGCUCGUGACAAGCGAUUGGAGUUGGCUCUUGCAAAGGUGAACCCUUUGAUCCAUUUUGGCCUAUGCGAUGGAACCCGUUCGAGUCCAACAUUGCGGUUCUUCUCUGCCCAGGGAGUUGAAGUAGAACUCAGGCAUGCAGCAAGGGAGUUUUUCCUUGGUGGAGUGGAGGUGGAUCUUGAGAAGAGGGUUGUCUAUCUCACCAAGUUCAUGAAAUGGUAUAGCGCUGAUUUUGGACAGGAGAAAGAUAUCCUUCACUGGAUACUGAACUACAUGGAUGUUAAUAGAGCUGGCCUUUUGACUCAUCUUCUCAACGAUGGGGGUCCUAUCAACAUACUCUACCAAAACUAUGAUUGGUCCCUGAAUUGUUGAAGACCCUCAAUUCCCCAACUCCACAUUUGCCCUGCAGCCGAAGGUGCUGACUUAGACUUCAUUGCUUAAAGAGGUUCCAAUAAACCAAGAGCAUAGACGAGAGAUUAGUAGUGUUAUUAUAUACGUGCACAUUCAUUACGACAGUGUGAGGUUUGCUGGUGGAAAUAUUCUGUAUUGCUAGCCAUUAAAGCAUUUCAUUAUGCCAUGAAGCCGUAUGGCCUUCACACCCACGAUGGAUCUACUUGUGUCACCACGAUGCCAUCUUUUAAGAAUGGCGAAGGAUUUAGUGAAAUGGUUCGAGUUCAGGACA